AUGGAUAUAGUUGAUACAUUUAAUCAUUUAAUUCCUACUGAACACUUAGAUGAUGCCCUAUUUCUAGGAUCCAACCUGGAGAAUGAAGUCUGUGAGGAUUUUAGUACAAGUCAAAAUGUCUUAGAGGACUCGCUGAAGAACAUGCUCAGCGAUAAGGAUCCUAUGCUAGGAUCUGCAAGUAACCAGUUCUGUUUGCCUGUUUUGGAUAGCAAUGAUCCCAAUUUCCAGAUGCCUUGUUCAACAGUUGUUGGUCUUGACGAUAUUAUGGACGAAGGAGUUGUUAAAGAAAGUGGCAAUGAUACCAUUGAUGAAGAAGAACUGAUUUUACCUAACAGGAAUUUGAGGGACAAAGUAGAAGAAAAUUCAGUGAGAUCACCAAGAAAAUCACCUCGUUUAAUGGCACAAGAACAAGUAAGAAGUUUGCGACAAAGCACUAUUGCCAAGCGUUCAAAUGCAGCACCUUUAAGUAGCACAAAAAAAGCACCUGUGAAGACUGUAUCUGCCCCUAAAGCAGGGGGGAAACAACCAGAAAGGUGUCAGACAAAAGAAGAAGCUUGUACAUCGCCGAAAUCUGAGUAUCAUAAAGAGAGCAGAAGGGGCAGUCGGCAACUUGAACAAACUGAAGUAUCGGAAGAAUCAGUAUCUUCAAGUCACUCUUCAGUGUCAUCUUGUCUUGAAAUGAAGGAUGAAGUUGGAUUAGAUUCUAAGCAGAAGUGUAAUAAUCAAGAUAAAGCAAAUGUGCCAUCUCAUGAAUUAAAUUGUCCACUCCUUUCAGAGACUUGUGAUAGUAUUGAAGAAAAGAAAAAUGAACCUCUGGUUGAAUGUAAAAUCAAGACUGUUAGUCCAUUGUUUACAUUUUCAGAUAAAGAAGAACAUGAAAAGAAUGAUUCUAUUUCAGAUAAAGUGGAUGAGACUAUGGUAGAAGAAAUGAGUGCAAAGGGAAAAGUUGAACAAGAAUCAAAGGAAAUGAUCAAAUUAUCCCAUGAAGGUGACCAAAUUGUUGAGGAACCAGAAUCCUCUGCUGCUUUCUGUGGUGAUGCAAAUCCAAAUAAGACCGAAAAGAACCUUGUAGGUUUGUCCAGCACUGUGGAUGAAGUAAAUGAAUGCCAUUUGGAAUUGAAGAAUACCAUAGAAUUUGAUCAAGCUAAGAACUCUCUUCAUAGAAAUGAACUAGAACCAUUGGGUUAUUGUAAAGACAUAGAGUCUAAUCAUAAACAGUUGGAGAGCACUGAAUUUGACAAACCAAACUUUGAUGAGGUGGUUGAUACUAAUGCUUUUGAACCAGAGUGUAAUGUUGUAGAAAAUGCUAUUUGUGAUGUGCCUGACCAAAAUUUAAAACAGUUGAAUAUUGUUGAAAGUAUUGAAAUGGAGUCUCAUGAAACAGCAACCCUUCAGGAUGUCAGAAACAGCCCAUCAAAUAGUGUUUCUUGCUUAGAAUCAAAAAACAUAAAAUCCAAAAACACAAAACCUGUAAUUCACUCUAAGCAAAACACGAGCACAGAUACUUUGAAAAAAAUUGUUGCAGGGAAGCAUGAAUUAAUGCACAACAAAACUAAAGCUAGUGUCAAAAGUGUGAAACGAAAUGCCGAUGAAUUAGAAUCUCAGCAGAAUUCUCAUAGGCCAGUCAAAGUGAGAAAAAAACAAGUUGAUAAGGAUUCAAAGAUUCAGAGUUGCAAUUCUGGGGUUAAGUCUGUGAAAAAUCAAGCUCAUUCCAAUUCGAAAAAAAUGCAAGACCAAAAUUUAGUACAGAUUUCCAAACCUGUAACACAUUGGUUGGGUGAUAAGCCUCAUGGUCAGCCUGGUUGCUCUAAAGAACCUCAUCAUCCUGCACAAACUGGACAUUUAUUACAUUCCUGUCAGAAGCAGUGCCACAAGCCCCAGCAACUGGCUCCAGCAGUAAAAACCAAUAGUCAUGCGAAGGAAGAGCUUGAACAUGCAGGCGGUGCAGAGCAUUUUAAGGAGGAGGAUAAACUGAAACCAAAAAAACCUGAGAAGAACUUACAACCCCGUCAAAGAAGAAGCAGCAAAAGUUUUUCUUUGGAUGAGCCACCAUUGUUCAUUCCAGAUAACAUAGCUACCGUAAAAAAAGAAGGCUCAGAUCAUGGCUCCUCGUUUGAAAACAAAUAUAUGUGGACUCCCAGCAAGCAGUGUGGGUUUUGCAAAAAACCCCAUGGCAACAGGUUUAUGGUGGGCUGUGGAAGAUGUGAUGACUGGUUUCAUGGUGACUGUGUUGGGUUAAGUCUUUCUCAAGCACAGCGAAUGGGAGAGGAAGACAAAGAAUAUGUGUGUGUGAAGUGUUGUGCUGAAGAAGAUAAAAAGACUGAAGUAACAGAUCCAGAUAUUUUGGAAAACCAAGCUAAAGUUGAAGUCCAUACUGAAGAUAAAGCAAUGGACUGUGAAAAGCUUGGAUUAUCAAAGCACACAUCAACAAAUGACAAAACCAAAUGUACAGAUGAUACAGUGAAGCACAAGGUCAAAAUUUUAAAACGGGAAUCUGGAGAAGGUAAAAACUCAUCAGACUGUAGAGAUAGUGAAAUGAAAAAAUGGCAGCUAGCUCCUCUUCGAAAGAUGGGGCAACCAGUUUUACCUCGGAGAUCCUCAGAAGAAAAAAGUGAAAAAAUACCAAAAGAUUCCACAACUGUUAUUUGCACAGGAGAAAAAACUUCAAAACCAGGUGCUCAUGAGAAGCAAGAGGUAAAAAAGAAGAAGAUUGAAAAAGGAUCACCUAAUGUGCAUCCUCCUGCUGCCCCAGCUGCCAAGCCCUCUGCAGAUCAGAUCCGACAGAGUGUCAGACACUCUCUCAAAGACAUCCUGAUGAAAAGACUUACAGAUUCAAAUUUGAAGGUACCAGAGGAAAAAGCAGCAAAAGUUGCCACAAAAAUUGAAAAAGAGCUUUUCUCUUUUUUUCGGGACACAGAUGCUAAAUAUAAGAACAAAUAUAGAAGUUUGAUGUUCAAUCUGAAAGAUCCUAAAAACAAUAUAUUAUUUAAAAAAGUACUGAAAGGAGAAGUAACCCCUGAUCAUCUUAUAAGAAUGAGUCCAGAAGAACUAGCUUCGAAAGAGUUAGCUGCUUGGAGACGAAGAGAAAACAGACAUACCAUAGAGAUGAUUGAGAAAGAGCAGAGAGAAGUGGAAAGACGACCAAUCACAAAAAUAACUCAUAAGGGUGAAAUAGAAAUUGAGAGUGAUGCUCCAAUGAAAGAACAGGAAGCAGUCAUGGAGAUUCAGCAGGAACCGGCAGGUAACAAGUCUUUGGAGAAAACAGAAGGAUCUGAAAAACAAAAGGAGGAGAUUGACUCUAUGUCUAAAGAUACCACAAGUCAACACAGACAACAUCUUUUUGAUCUUAACUGCAAAAUUUGCAUAGGUCGAAUGGCACCACCUGUAGAUGAUCUUUCUCCAAAAAAGGUGAAAGUUGUUGUUGGAGUAUCUCGUAAACAUUCAGACAAUGAAGCAGAAAGUAUAGCAGAUGCAUUGUUUUCGACCUCAAAUAUUUUGGCUUCUGAAUUCUUUGAGGAAGAGAAACAAGAGUCUCCAAAAUCAACAACAUUCUCUCCUGCUCCACGUCCAGAGAUGCCUGGAACUGUUGAAGUUGAGUCUACAUUCUUGGCUCGAUUGAACUUCAUCUGGAAAGGUUUUAUCAACAUGCCUUCUGUUGCAAAAUUUGUUACCAAAGCCUACCCAGUGUCUGGUUCCCCUGAGUACUUGACAGAGGAUCUGCCAGAUAGUAUUCAAGUGGGCGGCAGAAUAUCGCCUCAGACAGUUUGGGAUUAUGUGGAAAAACUUAAAGCAUCAGGAACCAAGGAGAUUUGUGUGGUUCGCUUCACACCUGUUACUGAAGAAGAUCAAAUCUCUUACACUUUGCUGUUUGCAUACUUCAGCAGCAGAAAACGCUAUGGGGUAGCUGCUAACAACAUGAAGCAGGUUAAAGACAUGUACCUUAUUCCUUUGGGUGCCACGGAUAAAAUUCCACACCCUCUCGUGCCUUUUGAUGGACCUGGGCUUGAACUACAUAGACCUAAUCUGUUGUUGGGCUUAAUUAUUCGCCAAAAACUGAAGCGGCAGCACAGUGCUAGUGCCAGCCACACUGCUGAGACCUCUGAAAAUGCACUGGUAGCAUUGCCACCUGAAAAAAAAAGUAAAACGGAAGUUUCCUCAGAGGAGGCACCAGAGGAAGAAAAUGACUUUUUCAAUUCUUUCACAACUGUAUUACACAAGCAGAGACCUAAGCCUCAGCAAGCUGUUCAGGAAGACCUUCCAGCUGUAGUGGAACCUUUAGUGGAAGUCACCAAACAGGAGCCACCAAAACCUUUAAGAUUUCUUCCUGGAGUAUUGAUUGGCUGGGAAAAUCAGCCUUCCACUCUGGAAUUAGCAAAUAAGCCUCUUCCUGUGGACGAUAUACUUCAGAGCCUUUUGGGUACUACUGGUGAAGUGUAUGAACAGGCUCAGUCAACGACAGAACAAAGGACUCUUAAUGAAAUUCCAUUUAUCAGUGAGCAAGCUGACCCCAAAGCAGAGAAUGUAGAUAAAGUAGCAAUGGAUGGUGAAGCUAAGGAGGUAAAGGGUAAAGUAGAUAAUCUUUCAGAAUCUUCAGGUAACUCAGUACCAGUAGACGAAGAAACCCCAGGAACGGGGCCAUCCUCCAUUUCUCCUGGAGCUUCGGUGAGCCUUAGUCUCAGAGGCAAACCACCCGAUGUUUCUACAGAAGUAUUCCUAACAAAUUUAUCAAUUCAGUCAAAACAAGAGGAAGUUGUGGAGAGUAAAGAGAGACCAUUAAAAAGCCAGCUGCUGCAAGAUCAAGAGAAUAAUUUGCAAGAUAAUCAGACUUCAGAUACCAGUUCUCCUUGCAAAUCGAAUAUAGGAAAAGGAAACACAGAUGGCAGUGUGAGUGGCAAUGAAAACCUUGCUGCUAACACAGCCAAGUCCCCACAGUUUAUCAACCUGAAAAGGGAUCCCAGGCAGGCAGCAGGACGAAGUCAGCAGGUCACGGCUUCAGAAAGCAAAGAAGGAGAGAGUUGCGGGAAGGGAGAAAAGCACACCCUGCCUGGGCCGUCACACAGGGAGCACUCGCCAGAACAAGCCAAGGCGGAGGAAAAGUUGCCUUCUGCAGAGAAGAACUCAAGUCCUCAGCAGAAGGAUGAUUCAGCGGUUGCACAAAACUCGGCAUCAGAAGACAAACCCACUUCUCAAACAGAACAAGCAAAACCCUCAGAGGAGAAAAUUUCAACGCAAAAUAUUGAAACUGUGCACCCGUUCCGAAGAGGAUCGACAGCACCACCAUCCCAUUUUGAAGUUGAAAACCCAAGUCAAUCAGAAUUUCCUUCUAAAAGCCUCAACUUUACCUCCAGAAGCAGCAGUCCCAGAACAAGUGCGAACUUUUCACCCAUGAGGCCACAGCAACCCAACCUUCAGCAUCUCAAGUCUAGUCCUCCUGGAUUUCCAUUUUCGGGGCCUCCUAAUUUUCCCCCUCAAGGCAUGUUUGGAUUUCCACCACAUUUGCCACCUCCCUUACUUCCCCCUCCCGGCUUUGGCUUUGCUCAAAAUCCCAUAGUUCCCUGGCCACCUGUUCACCUGACAGGCCAACCGCAACGUAUGAUGGGUCCCCUUUCACAAACAUCAAGAUAUGUAGGCCCCCCAAAUUUUUUCCAGACUAAAGACAUCCGAAGACCAGAAAGGCGCCAUAGUGAUCCUUGGGGUAAUAGGCAAGACCAACAGCAACCAGAUAGGUCAUUUAAUAGGGGUAAAGGGGAUCGCCAGAGAUUUUAUAGUGAUUCACACCACAUGAAGAGAGAGCGACAUGAAAAGGAAUGGGAGCAAGAAUCUGAAAGGCAUAGACGCAGAGACAGAUCCCAAGACAAGGACAGAGACAGGAAAAGCAGGGAGGAAGGGCACAAAGAUAAAGAGAGGCCACGGUUGUCACACAGUGAUCGCGGAACAGAUGGAAAAGCAAGCAGAGAUGGUAGGAAUGUAGACAAGAAACCAGACAAACCUAAAAGUGAAGACCACGAAAAGGACAAAGAACGAGAGAAAAGUAAACACAGAGAAGGAGAAAAGGACAGAGAUAGAUACCACAAAGAUAGGGACACUGACAGAGCUAAAAGCAAAAGGUAA